AAUAAAGGGGUUACAGAGACAAGAGAAAGAGAGCUGAUCAGCAAAGAAUUGAAGAAUUUUUGUUAAAGAUAAGCAAAAGAAGGGAAGGAGAGAAAUGGGGAGAGGUAGGGUUGAGUUGAAGAGAAUUGAGAACAAGAUUAACAGGCAAGUGACCUUUGCAAAGAGAAGAAAUGGGCUUUUGAAGAAAGCCUAUGAGCUUUCGGUUCUUUGUGAUGCCGAGGUUGCUCUAAUCAUCUUCUCUAAUAGAGGAAAGCUGUACGAGUUUUGCAGUAGUUCAAGCAUGCUCAAAACUCUUGAGAGGUACCAGAAAUGCAACUAUGGAGCACCAGAAACUAAUGUCUCCGCAAGGGAGGCUCUGCAGGAGCUAAGUAGUCAGCAGGAAUAUCUGAAACUUAAAGCUCGCUAUGAAGCCCUGCAACGAUCUCAAAGAAAUCUUCUGGGAGAAGACCUUGGCCCUCUAAGCAGCAAGGAACUUGAGUCCAUUGAAAGGCAGCUUGAUAUGUCAUUGAAGCAAAUCAGAUCAACGAGGACCCAAUGCAUGCUGGAUCAGCUCACUGACCUUCAACGCAAGGAACACAUGCUGAACGAAGCCAAUAAGACCUUGAAACAAAGGCUUGUGGAAGGAUACCAAAUAAAUUCAAUGCAGUUGAAUCCAAGUGCAGAAGAUGUAGGGUUUGGACGCCAAGAAGCUCAACCUCAGGGUGAUGGCUUCUUUCAUCCACUGGAUUGUGAACCCACUUUACAAAUUGGGUACCAGCAUGAUCAAAUAACAGUAGUCACUGCUGGCCCAAGUAUGAAUAAUUACAUGCCAGGAUGGUUACCUUGAAAAGAAGACAGAAGACUAGUCUGUCUCAGAGAUCAGAGCCAUAUCCAUUCCUUUGCAUAAGAAUCAGCAAAUUUAUCUUUUGUAAUGUGGUAUUUUGAUGAUGAAACAAGCACUUGUAAUUGGAUUUUUAUAUACCUUGAUUAGGAAACAGUCCCAAGUAAUCUUGUGUGUGUGUGUGUGUGUGUGCAAGCACUGCACUGCUACC